AUGACAAAAAAACUUUUUUUGAAGUGUGACACAGUGAAAUUCUCUCUGAGUGAACAAGCCAAAAUGUAUUUAGCAUUGGUGAUGAUGGCUCUUUGCAUGUCAUAUUCUUAUGCGGAAAAGAACAGUACUGAUAUAAAUAUUAAAUCAUCAUAUGCAAGUGAAGAGUCAAUUGGCUGUGUCUGUGCUGUAUUUUUAAGUGGACAAUUUACAAAAGGAAGUAAACAGCAACCUAAAGGAUAUCCUGCAUUCCUUCAUGAACAUCCUGAUCCACUACCAUGUAAUUCUUUUGGAAACAGACUUUGUACCAGCAAAUGCCUUGAAGCUAUAGUAAAAUAUUUACCAAACAGUCCAACAAUUCUUUGUGCUUCUUUAGAUCGUGAUUGUUACAAAGAAAGAGCUUAUCUUUUCAUUAAGAAUUGCAAAGAUGAAUGGAUAAAUACAAAUCUGUCUGCGGGUAGAGAAUAUUGUUGUAAAGAUGGCUCACCAUAUAAAUGUAAUUAAACUGAAGAUAACAUUUUUUUGUAUGAAAUAACUAAUAUUUAUUA